CUCUUCUUUAAAAUGGAUGCGAGGAAGAGAAGUUGAAAUUGUGACAAGUGGUGUAAAUAGCAUGUUUUAAUGUUGGUAUCUUAAUACUCACGCGUUCUGAAGUAAUUAACUAACGAUGUGUAUUUUAAACUGGUGAACAGGCAUACUGUUUGUUUUUCGAAAUGCGUAGACGAAAGGUUUAAAAGCUAGCUAGAUACCCACCCGUCUCCUACACUGAACAAAAUGCCUCUUAUUCCUGCAAAUCAACCUCAGCUUAUUCGCUCGAGUCAAAAAGAUGAAUAUUACCAGAACUGUCUCCGCAAUAACACCAACGAAGCCUUCCAGACUUUUGCAGGAUCCAAAAGAUGGCUCGAAUGGAGAAAAGAGAUUGAGUUACUUGCAGAUCUUGCAUACUAUAGUUUAACAACAUAUGCGGGAUACCAGACUCUGGGCGAGGAGUAUGUUAACAUGGUCCAAGUGGACCCCUCCAAACGUAGGGUCCCCUCCCAUAGUCGUCGAGCCGCUCUGGUCUUCCUCCACACCUUUCUGCCUUACUGCCUGGACAAACUUUUGGUAUACCUGGAAAAUGACCUCCAGGCUGAGGAUCUGGACUCGCACGCAAGCCCGGGUGGGGCUGGCCAUUGGUGGAGCCCGGCUUCAUGUGUGCGGGCCCAGACCCGGCGGCUGGUGAGCUUGCUGACGGAGCCCCAGAGGAAGGCCCUACUGCCGAUGCUCCUCGUGUUCCAGCAGGCCGUCACCCUGCUGCACAGGUUCCAUGUGGCCGUCUUCUACCUCCGCGGGACCUUCUACCACCUCAGCAAGAGGGCAACGGGUAUUACUUAUCUGCGUGUUCUGGGCAUGUCCGGCGAUGACCGGUUGAUCCGUAACAGCUACAGAGCACUGGGCAUGGUCUCCCUGCUGCAGCUUGGCCUCACUCUAGUGCUGCAGUUCAACAACUUGAGGCAGAGACAGAGAGCCAGACAGGAGUGGAAACUGCACCGAAAUUUACCUUCCAGUGCCCAGCCAGUGGAAGCCUCUGGUUCCCGGGCCUCUCGCUGUAUUCUAUGUCUGGAGGAGCGGCGACACUCUACCAGCACUCCCUGUGGGCACCUCUUCUGCUGGGAGUGCAUCACUGAGUGGUGUAACACCAAGGCGGAAUGUCCAUUAUGUCGUGAGAAAUUCCUGCCACACAGACUGGUGUAUCUGCGGAACUAUAGAUAGAGGAUCUGCAUGACGUUGCAUGAUGUUAAUUUUGAUCAUGUGAUAAUUACCAUUGUUUGCUCCUAUGGACAUUUAAUAAUGAAUCAAGUGUGAUUUUGUUUUGUGUUCAAUUUCUGAUUGAGUAUAACUUAAAAAAAAAAUGAAUGUAUUUCUUAAUACUGGAUUGUAUCAGUCCGCAUAAAUGUAAUUUGUAAAAUUAUGACUGCAGCCUUAAUAUAUUGGAAGUUACCCAAAUUAAUAAACUCCCCCCAUGAGAAUUAUGCUACUCGAUCUGCCUGCUGUUGUGUACUCUUUACACUUGCUUCAAAGAUGUGUCUUGGGCAAUCGGAUCAUAAAUAGGCAGCCGAGACGCUUCGUCGUUCACGUGUCUCGAAGGUGUCCAGCUGACCGCUUCUGUUCAGUCUUUGUUACUGCCCCGCAAACAGUUAUUGUCACGUCCUUGUUGGGGAUGCACCCAGGACGCAUUAGUGUUUACACUACAAAACGUGGUCAAAUGUGUUGCAGACCAACACUCUGAGUGAUGGGAUCACAGUGCGUCAUGGUGGUCGCUUGCAUGUGUUGUUAGCGCUGUCUACUUGCGACCCAGUCGCCUAAGGCACAUUUUAAUGCCAAGUGUAAACAGGACCUCAGAUAUAUAUAUUUUUUUUACAGUUCUGCUGCUCACCAUCUGCCUUUGAGCCAAUUGGGUGGUAUAAUUCUCAUGAGAUCUAUAUAAGCCAACUUCAUUGGUCCAUGCGCACUGUGGUGUAUUUUUUUUUUUUUGUCGUACAAACUUUUGUUGAAUGUUUAGUAGUUGAAUGGGUAUGGUGCUGGCAUGCACAUCCUUGCCUAACUACCAAUCCAACCCUUCCCCCCCCCCCAAUCUCUCCAUUUUCCAUUCUGGCUGUGGCUUCUUAUCCAUGGUAGACAUUCUUCAAAAAUUGUACAACAGUGAUGCCACAGUUUUCCUGAGAACAUUCCACACUUCGACAUAGUCUAUACAAAUGGUAGCAAUCAAAGGCUUUGUUUUAAUGAACACCUCUUGACCUGGUAUUUUUCAGUUUUUCGCGACAUUUUCUUUUUAGGGCUGUAAUCUGCAUUAAAUGAUCUUUAGUAUUUUUUUGACAUCUGAUAUGUGGGAGAUACUUCAGUUUGCAUACUGGUCUCCUUUGGUAUUGGAAUAAAUCAGUCUCAUCCA